AUGGGCUAUGCUACUACCCAAAAGGGGUAUAGAAUAUAUGACAUUGAAUCCAACAAGUUCAUAGUUAGUAGGGAUGUUAUCUUUCAUGAAAAUGUCUAUUCCUUCAAACAUCCUAGGAGUAAGUUUCUUGCUACUCAUGAUCCCUCUUCUACUUCUUCUCCUCUCUUUCCCAAUUCUGAUCCUCUACCAUCUUUUACACCUAAUCAUGAUUCCAUUCCAAAUGACAUCAUUUCCCCUCCUAAUGAUCCUGCUCAAUCCAGUAUUUCACCUACUCCUUCUCAUAUUCCUAUUUCCUCUCCUCCUUCUACUAUUUCUCCAAGUUCAUCUGAUCCUCCUACUGAUUCUUUAUUACCCAGAAAAUCUGGUAGAACACUUAAGCCUUCCAUUUGGCUGGUUGAUUACAUUCACCCUUAUUUACUUUUAGCUUCUACUUCAUGCCUUUACCCUAUGCAUCACUUUACUUCUUACUCUCAUCUUCCUGAUCAUUUUCAAUCUUUUCUUGCUUCUUUCUCAGCUGAUAUUGAACCUACUUCCUACUCCCAAGCCAUUAAAGAUGAUAGGUGGAUUAAGGCUAUGAACCUUGAGAUUGAAGCCUUAGAACAAAAUCACACUUGGGAUGUAGUUGACUUACCACCUGGUAAGGUCCUUAUAGGUUGA